AUGGAGAGGGGCGAGAGCAUCCUGGAUGCCGUGCUCGACGAGGAAACCCUAGAUUUCGGCGGAGAUGACGUCGAGAUGGCUGACGCGGAGGCGGACGAAACCCCCAUCCCCGACCCCCCCGCCGCCGGAGCAGGAACCGCUGGCGGUGGUGCGCAGGCGGGCGGACCGGCGGGCAAGAAAAAGAAGAAGAGGAAGUCCGGGAGGAGUAAGAACAGGGGGAGGCCUGAUGGGCCACCCACCAAGAUCGGCGACAUUAAUCGUUUUGUACUUGACACGUGCAGGCGCUUGAAGGAGAAAAAGUCAUACCUUGUCUGGAAUGCUAUUGGCUGCCUUGGUGUUUCUGCUGUCAGCGAUCUUGUACGAGAGGUUGAGGCCAUUCAGAAGUGUGGUGGGCAGACGAUUGCUGAUGGAAGUCGUUUCCGGACAGGUGGUGGAAUCCUCUGGAACAUCUUGAAAUCACGAGAGCCAAAGGCAUACAAGGAAAUUAUGGUGAAGGGAAGGGAGCUUGAGAAGCAGUUCAUGUAUACGAAAGGCAGACCACAGAUGAGCAGAAAUGAAGAUGCAAGCUCACAGGGCACCGCGCUAGUUGACGAGGAAAUUGAAGCACAUGAUGACCCUGAGCACUUGGUCGAUGCAGAGGAAGCACCUCCUUCUGUUGAUAAAGCUGAACCUCGUAAACCAGUAGCCGACAGGAUUCGUGUGCCUGUUGCUUAUGAUGAUCUUUUUGAAGAUGGAGAGAUACAAGAAGAACAACCACAAAAUUGA